CCAUCGCGAAAUGACACUGACAUUUGUACCGACGCUUUUUUUCAUUUUUUGUUUCGCGGUCCCGGAAAAGUCUUUCUUUAAAUAAAAGCAUAUUCUUUCAUAAUAUGUCGCCAAAGGGUAACUAAAAAUUGAAAUGUGUGUGUACUGGAAAGCUCUGCUCGGCUACGGAUUCGUAUUCUGGACGUUACUCUGCAUCACCGAUUUUGUGGGAAUUACUCAAGUACACAACUAUAGAGAGAGUGUUGAUUGGUUCCGGGAACCACCAGACGCUGGCAAAAAAUUUCAAGACAAUUUGGAACCUGAUUCGCCGGAUUACUCUUUCAUCAAAAUCGGUUGGUCGUUCCUUCUGUGGAACUUGGUGGUCUUCAUUUGCUCUGUGGUUGUUUGCUAUAUUGGACGUUACGCGGCUUAUCUGAUAUGGAAGCGAUAUCAGAAAAGAAUCAGUACCAAGGUUGUACCUCAGUUGCCUAAAUCAAAUGACCGCAUUCAAAGAAGUUUGACCACCUUCAGCAAGAUACCGAGGAAGAUAAAUGCUGAGAAGAGCUGUCCCAAUCUACUAACACGCAGAACUGGAAGUAGCCUAUCGACUCACAUGGAUGAGACCAAAACUCUUUACACCAAUAAUUCAUUUAAUAAUAAUGACAGCAUCCAGAUCGAAAAUCCAAGCAAACGUUAUAGAGAUGAACUUGUAAAAUACCAAAUCGCCUCGAUGAAAGACCACGCUGCUUUAUCGAUGAAACUGGAAGCGGUCACUAUAGAGAAAAAGGAGUUGUCGAAACAACUGGCGUUAGCGCAAAAGGAGAAUCGCGCGGCCAAGCAGCAAUUGGAAGAGCUCGUCGAAGAAAAAUCGGCGUUGGUUAAAAAGUUGGAGACCGCCACUAGGGAGUUCAAAAAUAACACGAAAUCAAAAAAAGCGGCUUUGGGAAAGUUGGAAGAGGCGACUGAAAACGCGGAGAAACUGAGAUUGCAAUUGGAACAGGUAAGCAGAGAUAAGGAGAUUUUGGAAAAGAAAUUAGGUUUGCUGGAAAACGAAUACACAAAGCUGCACGAGCGGUUUAUCGAUUCACAGAGGACUGUUGUCUCUACGGUUGACGAAAAUGUACCAGAACGAGACAGAGAUCGUGACAAGGAUAGCCAAUUCAUUCAGAAUCCGUUUCAAGCUUUAGCGUCUGUCUCUCAAACGGAAUUGGAUAUGAAGAACAUUCAGCAGAAAAUAAAACAAUUGGAGAAGAAUCUUGAAAACUUCAAUAUGAGCAGUAACGAGUUGAUGAGCAGGAAUAAUUUUACACAAGGAGAGUCGGAAUUAAGCUUAACAACAUUGGAGUCCCAGAUCAGGCUCGACGAAGAUGACACUUUCAGCUAUGCGGAGAGUGGCUAUUCCGGAAACAGCCCCAGACAGAAAUAUUGGUCGGAGAGGGUGGCGGAAUUAGUAGGCAGAAAUAAGAAUAAAUUUGUCAAAAUUCAAGAACUGGCCAUCCAAAUGCGCGAGAAGGCCAAGCUCUUGGGUCAUAUAGGCGUCGUCGAAGAUUACGCGACCGAUGGACAUUCUUCCGGGGAAGACCGCGAGCCGAGAAGAAUCGUCAGCAGCUCGCUGGCUUUCAAAAAUUUCCUUCGAAGGUCCGUUCACAAUCCGAUCAUUUACUAAGCCGUUAGGAAU